AUGAAGACCAUCUACCUGGUGGGCGCACCUUUAUCCAGUCAUCUAGACUGGGAGCGUGAUUCCCUUCUCCAUGAUCCCAUUCCCCCAUUCGAAACUGCGGAUACCAUCCCGCAUAGUGACAUACAAUCCGGGCAACUCGAGCAACAGGCGAGAUGGAGGCUUCUACAAGCUCGCCAAGUACCGGGGCUCCAUAUCAGCCACAUUGAUGUGUGUGCUGGCCCCGGGGAUCCCAGCUUUCUCAGAACUCAUCAACUCAUUCAAGGUGAAGAUGGCUCCUUGGCAGAUGACUCCGUCCUGUCGGCAUUUCUCGAUCACUCGUUUGUGACGCACGAAACGUCGGGGUUUUCGAUUUCUCAAAUGGAAGACUCGUCCACCCAGGAGAGCAAGUCUCUCCUCGAUGAUGAUGAUGAUGAUGAUGAUGAUGACCAUCCGAUUGUUACUGCACCCCGAGUUGCAGAGAAAGAGGCGAAACCUCAUCCUCCACUGCCGGUUGCGGGUCCCAUCCGAGACUUGAGGAAUGUGCCCAGCGCGACCUACCUGCAAUCUAUCAUGCCCCGAACCAUGACGGUGAAUCUCGUGGUGGGCGUGAUUGCCAUUCACUCACCUCGGCGGGUGGUGACGCGACCACGACAAACCGACAUGGACAUUGUCGAGAUGAUUGUCGGCGAUGAGACGCGGACGGGAUUUGGCGUCAACCUCUGGCUUACCGUCGCGACUGCCCACUUGAAGACUUCCAGCGCCACCCCACAGGCUGACCACGUCCGCCGGGCCCUGGCCAUGCUUCGUCCCCGCGACAUUGUUCUGCUGCGCAACGUGGGAUUGGGGUCCUUCGGAGAGCAGGUCUACGGGCAAAGUCUGCGCGGAGGGAUGACGCGAGUUGAACUGCUGUCUCGUCAGCCCGUCGAUGCGACGGAUCUGGUGGGCAUCGUGACCGCAGAUCAGCUUCUCCCACGACUCUCGCAACACGAUCCCCCUCCCCAUUGCCAGGUUGACCCGCUCCUCCGCAAGGUGAGCCGAGUCCGUCACUGGAUCCGCCAGUUUGUGGGUGAGCCGGUUUCCGAAGGCGGUGGCUGCACUGGAAUGUCUCGGAUUCAACGUGGCUUUUUACGACUGCCCCCAGACACGCAAUGA